AUGUUCCCGAACCACACCGGCUUUCCGCCGCCCCAAUUCCAGCAGUACGGCCAGCAAACGUAUCAGAGCGGACCUCCACCGGCCAAGAAGCCCAAAGGCAACGGUCCGGUCAUCACGCGCUAUCCGCCGCCUCCCGGCUAUCGACCGCCACCGCAACAGCCACAGCCUCCGGCUCCCUACGCAGGACAGCCACCCAUAUGGCCUCCGCAACCUCAACCGCAAAUGUAUGGAUAUGGUCAGCCACCUGCUGCUUAUCCGGGGUAUCCGCAGCCGCAAUAUCCACCACACAUGUAUCAACAGCCACCCGCUCACUAUCCUGGAUAUCCUCCUCAACAGCUGCAACAUCCUCUUCCGGCGUAUCCUCCUGCAGCAGUGGCGUAUCAGCCGGGUCCRCCGCAAGCAUGGCAGCCUCCAGCUGCUGCGUAUCCGGGUGUCCCUUCCACGGCUUACCAGCCACCGCCUGCCACGUUCACCCAACAUGCCCGGCAACCAUCCCAGACCCCUCAUACAUCCCAUCGUAACGCAUCGGGAAGUCUACUCGACGGCAAUGGCGACGUGAUGCCGGCCAUGGACCUGGCGCAGACCGCCGGUGAGGGGCUAGAAGAAGAUUUCGAUGGCGAAUGUUACUUCGCGAGAAAUCCCGAGGAAAUCGUCCCCGAGCUGAGUCUGGGUGUGAUUGAGUGGAAAGCUCCCGUUGAGAUCAAACGCGCGCUCCCUUCCACUUUCAAGGAUGCAGAACUGGAAGCUGUUGCGCCACGACCCUCUCUGCCCUCGGAUGAGGAAUCUGUUUCAAGCUAUUUCAUUCAAUCGAAGCGAGAGGAGGCUUUGCUGAGUGUUCGACAAAUGGACGAUUGGAAUGAAGUGAAGGACAGUCUCAUAUACAGAGAGUUUCCAGCAACCUGCACGGAGAUCAUACCAAUGCCGACAUUGCUGGCAAGGUAUCAAUUCCAGUAUGAUGCGGAGUGGGCGGCAAGAGAUCCCUCAGAGGCUCGCUCGCCGACGCCAGAAUUAUCAAGAGGCCCUACGCCUGCGAAUGGCGGUGCAGUUGAAUGGGGGUCUGAUCUCCAACGAGAACGCGAGACGGCAGUUCUCAGCAGGGAAAGGCCGGAACUGCCGAAUGGCCCCCUGAGCGACAAUUUGGAGCGCGCACUUCACUGGGGCGCUCGGCGCAGCGUUCCGCCGCGUGAAACACCAUCACAUUCUCGAGCCAGCUCUGUGGCAUCUCAGCAGCGCGGUGGUCAAGGCAAAAUCACUCGACCUAAACCGCUUCCUCCAGUGCGUGACCAAACUCAAGAGGAGAUGCUUGCUGCUUUGGGGGUGACUGGCUCGCCGAAGCUUGUGUAUGAGACUCCUGGGCCAGCUUUUGGUCCUCGACCCACGACAUCGGACUMGGAACGCGUCCACAGCCGAGCAAACUCUGUGAACAGCUCCCAUGGACGAUUUCCUGUUCCACCGCCGCCACCACCUCCUCCUCCAGGCUACCCGCCGAGAUCUCAACAACGUGGUCUAUACGACACGUGGAAUCCGAAUUCGUCACGGCCUCGCCGACAUCCAUCAAAUGGCUACCCACAGCAGCACUCCAACGGCUAUUCCCAAGAGCGGCGAGAGUCAGUUAGCUCCAAUCGCACAGCACCGGGAUCCGAUUUUGAUGGCGACGACAAUGAUGCCACGCCACGUGCCAAGACUGGUAAUCAGCUUAACCGCAAGCGCAGUUUUGCGGACUCGCAGGAGGGUUCGCGAGCUAGACAUGAGGAUGAUGAGGAGGACACACCAAAGCAGCGCAGAAAGCAACCCCGAGUACAAGACAUCCAUGAGGCCAGAGUCCAAGAAGCCUACCAUCGUCGAUGGUAG